AUGAGAGGCGAAUGGAAUGAAAUUCUAAGAGAAUCUACAAUGUUAGCUCUUAAAGUUGCCAUUCCUGUAUCCUUUUUUAUUGAAACGAGAACGAUAAAAGUUCGUAGAUUUUUUGACGAGGAAGCAAGGGAUGAACCCAUCCCUGACCCAGAGAAGAAAUUCUGUGUCGAAGUAUUCUUUACAUUCAUUGACACGGCUACAUCGCAACUAGAAGAACGGUUCAAAGGCCAGACUUUUGUUGCCAAGACAUUCAAUUUUUUGGCACCAAAGAGCAUAUUGAAGAUGACCGCUAGUGAAGUCUGUUGUGCUGCCAAUGAUCUGAUUUCUACUUACAAGUUUGACUUGUGUUCCAAGUUUGAAACUCCAUAUAGCACUAUGCUAAUGACUUAACUCAAGACGUUUUGUCAUAUAAAUUCUGUUCCAAGGAAGAAUUGCUCGGGAUGACUUAUAAUAAUUUAAAAAAAUUAAAGGGUGGAAUCCACAUUUUCAAACACCUUCAAAUAGGUGAGUUAAUCACAUCGUAUUCAAAGUUAGUAUCAGCAAUUGUUUUGCUUUGCCACAUGUAACAGUUGCUACAGCACAGUCGUUAAGUAGUUGAAAAUAAGUUAAGACUUAUCUUAGGCCACCUAUUGCACAAGACAGAUGUCACAGAUUAGAUGCGCUUGCCCUGAUCUCAAUAGAAGCAGAGGAGGCAAGAAAGCUUUGCGUUGAUAAAAUGAUCGAUUGAGAUUUUAUGUACCUUCGUGCAUGUUUCAAUAUUUCCAAGCACAUGAUAAUACGUUCGCUCUUACAAUAUAUUAUAAGCUUGGAAAUACUGAAACGUGCACGAAGGCACUUUAAAACAUGACAUGCAGUUGCGCCAAAAUAACAGAACUGUCAGAAGGCUUUCCACUGUGACACGUCACAUGAACGGUGAAUACAUUUCCGUUUCCGACGGUAAACGGAUCGUUUCAAACGUAAAAAAACGCGCGAAAAUAUUUGCGGUUUGUGCUUGAACGCAAAUAGCUGUAAGUACAGUGCCAAAUAUUUCACUGUUUAUGUCAAAGACAAUUUCUGCAUGGUGUUAUUUUAUAGUUGUGUUUUUUCAUAUUAACUAUGGUUUUUUCUACUUUGCUAUAGACCCAGCCUAGUCCCAGUCGUUUUGAAGUAAGCACGAGAAAAAAGUGGAUAUAGUGCGAGACUGGGACCUAGGUGUGACGCCACCGCUCAAGGUGCUUCAGAACGCCUAGCAGAUUUCAGUACUUUUAAUAUGGCGGAAAAUUUAUAUAUACAUGUAACCUUUUAAUUAUAAAUACGACAAUGUUCGUUCACCAACUUCACCAUGUACAUGUUCGAUGUCUACAUAACCAAAUCAAACUGUAUUAAAAAUGUGCUCAACUAAAAAAAAUUAUAUACAAAUUUACGAUACCGAGUUUGAGCAAUAGUUGAUGUUAUUUAUGUACUCGCAAGUUGUGAUCAACACUAGACCGUACUGGUAUACACAACUACGCUUUCUACUUGACAGGUUUAAAUUGCUGAGGAGAUUGGAAAUAUUUGCCUGACAUGACGGUGUUGUCAAAACAUUAUUAGUCGGAGACUCGGGAUAAUUUUCAAGCUUCUAGAUAGCAUUGAAUAUGGCUAUAUAUUUUAGUAAGCACGAGUCAUAUUUAGCCCGUUAUUGCAUUCUGAUUUAAACCAAUUUAAACCUGUCAAGUAGAAAGCGUAGUUGUGUAUACCAGUACGGUCUAGUGUUGAUCACAACUUGCGAGUACAUAAAUAACAUCAACUAUUGCUCAAACUCGGUAUCGUAAAUUUGUAUAUAAUUUUUUUUAGUUGAGCACAUUUUUAAUACAGUUUGAUUUGGUUAUGUAGACAUCGAACAUGUACAUGAUGAACGAACAUUGUCGUAUUUAUAAUUAAAAGGUUACAUGUAUAUAUAAAUUUUCCGCCAUAUUAAAAGUACUGAAAUCUGCUAGGCGUUCUGAAGCACCUUGAGCGGUGACGUCACACCUAGGUCCCAGUCUCGUACUACAUCCACUUUUUUCUCGCGCUUGCUUCAGAACGACUGGGACUAGGCUGGGUGCAUACCCUUACCAAACUGACAGAUAUGUGGCAGAUAUAUGUCACAGUUCUGUCAAAUAUCUGCAAAGUAUAUGAUUGUAAGAAAGUAUCUGUCACAUAUCUGCGAUAUACAGGAAUUUGGCCCCAUAACAUAUCUGUCACAGUUAUGUGACAGAUAUCUGUCACAUAUCUGCAACAUAUAGGAAUUUGGCCCAAUAAAUAUCCGUCACAGCUAUGUGACAGUAUAUCACUACAGAUAAAAUUGUCUGUAUAUUAUCUACCAAGCAGAUAUGUCACAUAGCUACCACCAAGUGAGAUUUAUUUCUACCAUAAAAUUAAAGCUAUUUCCUCUUACUUCAGCAACAUAAAGUUGUGGAAACUGUACUUCUGUCAUGUUCACUUGAAGCCAUAAUAAUUUAAUAUGAAGAAAUACUAUCAGAAUAUUAAAUGUAUUUAUUAGUAAAUAUAUAAUUAUAGUUCACACAUAUAGAUACAUUUAAGACUAUACAAUCAAUCUUUCACCAGGGGCCAGUUGUUGAAAGCUGAAUUAGCUAAUUUAGCUUAACCCUAUGGGUGUGGAUAAAAUGCUGACUCGGACUGGCGGACUCGCGGACUCGAUUUUUUUCAAUUUUUUACCAAUGCUUUUUGUUGGUCUCCUGAAAAUUUUACAAUGAGCAUCAGGCAUGUUUUACGCGAAUUAUACAAAAUAUGUACUGUAAAUGAGUGACGCGCUUUUAGAACUAUUGAACAUUUGGAAGAAUUUAUUUAAAAAUACUAUAAUCAACAUUCCAAUAACAAGCUAUCUAUGAACAAUUCCCGACAGAAAAAUAUGUAUUAAUUAUUAUUUAAGAGCGGAAUAUAAUUGUACAGAAUAUAUAUAUGAUGAUAUAUAUAUAUAUAGGCUAUGAUGUAACGAUGAAAGCUGCCUACGCUAUUUCCCUAUUUCUUAGAAAAUUUCUCAUUUAUUUUUUUUUCAAGCAAUUCCUUGCUUGUAUUGGUGUGCCAUAUUGCGAACUAUGGCUCAUUUAAGAUGAAAAUGGGCUCUGCUCUCAUUAUAUUAGCUUUUUGAACAGCACCUUGAAUAAACGCCGAAAUUGUAGAUAACGGAGUGCGGCGCUCAUUCGAAGGUGCUCAAUCGAGAAAAAUAUACUGUGAAUUAGGUGUUUCAUCGCUGUGCUUUGCAAUGCAACACAUGAAAAGUAGCCUUGUGUGUUAGUAUAUUUUAUUGCAAGUAGCCUUUCGCUACUAGUUUGUCAUCUUUUCACACCUGGCUUCAAUCGCUGGGAGUGGAUGAAUAUUUUGCUGCACUGAUUAUAAACUAACAAUAUUACUGCGUGGUUAGCCUGAACGUUUUGACACAAGGGGUCGGUUGUUCGAAAGUUGGAUAGCGCUAUCCGGUAUUUUUCUUUCAGGCUUCCUAAAACAACCUGUUGACUGGUCUGAUUCAGAUUAAACUUCGAUAUUUUUAAGUUGAACUUUCUUUUUAUCAAUUGACAGGACCCUAUGGCCUAUAUAUUUUCGAGCAUUUUUACAACGGUUGAAAAAUCACUAUCCAGUGGUAAAGUUAUCCGACUUUCGAGCAACCGGCCCCAGGAUUGUAAAGUUUAUACUAAUAAGAUCGAAGGAUAUAACAGCACCUGGGCGCCUCAGUCCUCAUACAAAGCAACAAGUUCAAUUUCCGGAUUAGUGUCAAAAACGAGUGUCCCUAUAUGUCGUGUGUCGUGUGUCGUGGGUUAAAAGUCGUGUGUCGUGGGUAAAGUCGUGGGUAAAGUCGUGGGUAAAGUCGUGGGUCAUAAAAUGUGCUAAAAACGCAUUUUUUCAUAUUUUUAUUUUUAAUAUUUUUUUCGUACUUUUUGCUUUUAUGCGCUAGAUAAAUACAGGAAAAUUUAACGCAACGAAUCUCCAGUAAUAAAACAAUUUCUUAUCUUGCUGUUAUCUAUAGUAUAACAAGUAAAUGUUUCCGUUUCGUAUAGUCUUAUAAUAAGUCUAUAAAUGUAUUGUUUGAUGAUAAAAUGUCCUAAGUUAUAGGAUAUUAGGUAUAGGUUUAUUAGCUUUGGAAGUGUUAUAGUCCCUAUCAUGAACGUCGUGAAUAACUAUGUCGAUUGCAUAUGUCUGAUGCAAACAUAUUGAGCUAUAAAUUCUACGUGGCCAACGCUCGAGCCUCAAAUUUUGCUAUCAAUUAUCUCCUAGACCUAGUAUAUGUUCGUGGCCCUUAAAAGUAGACAAACAUUUCAUGUGUAUGUGGCGUUCGGAAAUAUUCCAUAAAUUGCUACGAUUUGGGAUUUCGCGAAUGAAAACCGAAAUGAUUUGUGCGAUGUCGCCAUGUCGGGCUAUUUGCCAACCGAGCGCGCUAGCCACUGUUAUUUUGAGAGAAUAUGAUACCUCUACACUUUUCAGCCAUAAUACAUAAUGCGCGGAUUGUAAUCAUAUAAAUAUCGUUUAAUUUAGCUUCAAAACUUAUUUAAUUUAUUAAAUGUAAAAUGCGCAGCAUGUUGCGUACAUUGAUAUCAAAGAAAAAAGGUUGACUUUAUUAGACUGAAAUAAGCAGGAUUUCCCUUUACAUACAUGAUUUAUACCAAGGCGGCUUUGCAUGUGCUUUGCCUCUGGUAACUAUGACACCAUUGCGCUCCGCGGGAAGUUGGGAACCAACACGAAUAACAUGUUUUUUAUCAAGUUUUUGAAGCUAAAUUAAACGAUAUGUAUAUGAUUACAAUGCGUGCGUGAAAAUUACGGCUGAAAAGUGUAUAGAGGUGUCAUAUUCUGUCGAAAUAACAGCAGCUAGCGCGCUCGGUUGGCAAUUAGCCCGACAUCGCACAAAUCAUUUCGGUUUUCAAUCGGGAAAUCCCAAAUCGUAGCAAUUUAUGGAAUAUUUCCGAACGCCACAUACACAUGAAAUGUUGGUCUACCUUUAAGGGCCACGAACUAGGUCUAGGACUAGGAGAUAAAAUAGCAACAUUUGAGGCUCGAGCGUUAGCCACUAAUUAUACAGGCACUGCAGCGUAAAAUUUAUAGCUCAAUAUGUUUGUAUCAGACAUAUAUGCAAUCGACAUAGUUAUUCGCGACGUUCAUGAUAGGGACUAUAACAUGCACUUCCAAAGCUAACUGAUAAACCUAUAUCCUAUAACUUAAGACAUUUUAUCAUCAAACAAUACAUUUACUCUAUAGGCUUAUUAGACUAUGCGAAACGGAAACAAAAUCAAACAAUUACUUGUUAUACUAUAGAUAACAGCAAGAUAAGAAAUUAUUUUAUUACUGGAGAUUUGUUGCGUUAAAUUUUCCUGUAUUUAUCUAAUGCAUAAAUGGAAAGAGUACGAAAAAAAUAUUAAAAAUAAAAAUAAUAUCUUCGUGAAAAAAUGCGUUUUUAGCACAUUUUAUGACCCACGACUUUACCCACGACUUUACCCACGACACACGACUUUUAACCCACGACACACGACAUAUAGGGACACUCGUCAAAAACAUGAUGAACAGUAAUAUGACCUUAUUAUGACGCUAUAAUUUCACAAUGCCAUAGGUAUCCAGCGCGUGCAACUCAAGCCUAUUUUGCGAGAGGCUGUUAAUCUAUUGCCAGCGGCAAGCAUUCCAUAUAAUACCAAAUAUUAUUUUUUACUUUGAAAGUCCGUGUUGUGUUUUUAAAUUGAAAUACAUUACCGAAAAUGGAUCAAGAGCUUACGAAAAGAAUCAGAGAGGCAGGUUUUAUGCUAAAACUGUCUGUACCAGUGUAGGUAGUACCAAUGUGAAAAUGUUCUGCUGAGUGGUUAUAUUACUUCCUUAAAAAAUAAGCAGAAACUCGACGUUUCGAGCGAAGGCCAUUCCCCAGGGAUCGGGGAAAAUGCACGGGCUUUUAUACUAAGAGUAUGAAAGCAUCAUGUGACAAAAAAUAAACCAAUUAGAUGGAUUUAAUAAUAACAAAGUGUAAACAAAAUAUGUAAAUCGCAUUACAGAAUAUAAUAUAAUUAAAAAUAUAAAAAUAAACAGGAAGUUAAGACAAUUACUACAAAAAAUAAUCAAAACAAAACACCAGUGGGAAUAAGGUAAAAGUAAAAAUAAUAAAUAGAAGUUGUCAAUGUCUGCUAUAGACAGGCAAAGACAGAUGGCAUCAUAGACAAAACAGAAGACAUGUCUUCUGGAUUGUCUAUGAUGGCAUUAAACAUAAGAAAAGUUGCGGCUUGGAAGCAACGAUAGCCGCAAACGACAUGAAAUGCGUCUCAUAUCCAAACUUGGCACUGUUCACCCUUCUGGCAUUAAUGAACGCUUUUCUUUCUGUAAUAGGCUGUUAAUAUGGUUUAAAAGAAAGGUACAACAGCCAGUUACUCGAUUUUAAUGUUCCAUGUUGGGUUUUGUGUUUUUAGCUGGAAGGAAACGACCGAUUAUCAUUCCUGUGCGAAAUUGAUGUUGGCCAAGCCAUACCUUCCUCGUGGCUGGACGCACUGAAACUUCUGCGAGGGGCAUACGCAAAUUCUAUUAUUAUAAAUGCUUUGGCCGAAGUAAUGAAAAAGGAUAUUUUAAUCGUCACUGUUCAUGGGGUAAGGUAUUUUUCAUUACGAUAAUCAUUACAUGAAAACUCGAUGGAGUUUGUUAGUCUAUUAUUACCUUUUCGUUUGCGAAUUAACGUAAUUAAACAUUCAUUACAGGAUGAUAAUUACACUAAAAUAAUUGAACCAGUUAGAGCGUCGUCAACAGGUUUCUUAUAUUUUGGCCACACUGGAAAUCAUUAUGUUGCCCUACAAAUGUAUGACGCGCUACACAAAGCGACACGUAAGGUAAAAGUUAUACAUUAACAAUAACAUAAAGUUUCUCACUGCCUUUAGUUCAUGUUUGAGUCGGGAUUUUUAUGUACCGCGGUAUUUCACUGCAAUAGUGACCUUGAACAGCCUUGAAUGAAUAAUUCAGAUGAAACUGUAAAAAAAUUCGAAAAAUCUUGACUUAAAGUCUUUAUAGCCGAUAGAUUCUUGUUGGAAAUCCUCCUCAAAAAUGAACUAAGUCAGAUAGGAAAUCUUAAAAGUCAGGAUUUCUGUUAUAUAAAAACAAGGGGGAUGUGCUACUUGAGGACCAGCACUUCAUAUUCUGCAAGAACAUGACGCCGGAAACGGCCAUUUCAGAGUCUUAACUCUACCUUUUUCAUAGGCUCGUUCAGAUGUACGAACGAAGGAUUAAGAAAAUUCAUUCAGUUUGUUCCAGAUCAAUCAAUAGAAUCCGAUGAGUCUUUUUCCGAACUUACUGAAAAAUCAGAACAUUCAUGUGUAUAGGCCUAUGAGCUCGUUCACGUGUGAUUACCAGGACUUAAUUGUUUAUCAGUAAUGAGCAUGAGUCGUCAUGAGAAUAUCCGUUCGCAGGCCACAGGCGCGAAAUCACACAGUAGCAGAAAAAGACGAGUUUAUUUCCUAGAAUAUAAUUCAUAUUUGUCCGUCCAAAUAAAAUACAGAAAGUAAUGAAAAAUAGAAGACAUCUCAUAACUCGAGACCGGCUCAUGGGACCGACUUUUUUCACAAUUUUGAAUGAAAUGUGGACUGACUUUCUGCGAUUUUAUAACGCUGGGAGGGUUUCACACCCCACACACCCUUUAAUAUACGCCCCUGCAUAUAAAGCGCUCGAACGCUGCGCGUCCUCGGGGUCUUUAAUAUGACAGAAAUCCCUCCUUUUCGGUUCUUUAUCUACCUAUCUAUUACUUCAUAUAUACUUGCCGACUGAUAAUAAAAUACAAACCUUGAAGGUAUUUGCUUAAAAAUAUAUAAAAAUACGUUUAUAUUUGUAGCAGACUGGAAGGGUAUGUGAUAGUAUGCUUUUAUUUCAAUUUCAUUUCAUUUCAUUUCAAACCAUAUUUUUUGCGUCUUUAAAACUCACAAAAUAUUUUAUUUUUAAGUGCCUACAAUAAUAUCUGUUGCUUAUGUCAAGAGGAAACCCGAAAUCGGGUUUCGAUAAUCUCCUUAGCCCCUAUGACAAGUUUAAACGAGUUCACUUCAAGUUUUAAGCGUUUUUUUGAGGGGUAGUUCACAUUUUUCGCAAGCAACUGGCAUGUACACUUUGCUUAGCAAAUUCAUCAUCACAAAUAGAUUUUCGUAAACAGUGAAAAUCCUUUUCGUAUUUUCUCAGUCCGUUUAUAUAUUAUAUAUUCUUAUACAAAAUAUAUAUUAAUUUAUAGAAACGAUGCGAUACAUUUGAGUGGUGGGAUGAAGAAGAAUUUAGUCCUGGAGUGAGCGUGUUUUAAUUAAUGGUGUAAAAUAUGACCUCACUAAUGGUAUAACAGUUCUGAUGUCAAGGUAAAACAGGUAAUGACAAACUGAUUUAGGCUGUUUAGCCAUGGCGCUCUAGUUGAGCAAGCAAUAUGAAGUACAUUUGUUAUAAAGUUGCUAUUAACAGUUACGCUACAUCCAGGGGCGGAUCCAGACCCAAAACUGACCGUGGCUUCUAAACCACACAUAACUAGCGGGGUCCGGGGGCAUGCUCCCCCGAAAAAUUUUUGAAAUUUGAAACCCGGAAACACCAUUUCCUCCUCAAAUUUCGGUCUAUGGACGGUGAAGCAUGGCCAUCAUUUGCUUUUGGUGCCACCAAAAGUGAUAUUAAAUAUAUCAACAGUUUGGGUAGGAUGGUACGAUUGAAUUGUAAGCCAAUUACCGUCGCUAAGGUAAAUAUCGUCGACGUGAAUUCGUAAUUAUGCGCGUUAUGCAUUCCUUCGUUAGUUACUGCUGCUGUAUGAUCAUAUUUUCAAAAACUGACAUGGCUGUAUCAGACAAGCACUUUGCAAAGGCAAUUUUAAGGCAAGUGAACGCUCCAUUCGCAACAGGUGAAUCAGAAAAGUAAACAAUUUGAAACGGCUCUCAAUUUCACGAAUCCGUUCAUGUCAUUAAAUAUUUGAUAAACAUAGAUUGUUUGGGUACUUAUAAUGUAGAAUAAACAAGAAAUUUUCGUAAAGAUAAAUUUUCCAAAGCAGGGGGGUGUCUUUUUUUAGCAGCAUUAAAAUAGCUUGCACAUGAAAUUUAAAAGGUUAAAACGCAUUUUGAGUUGAUGGACGAGAAAUUUGUUAUGAGUUUUAUUAAUGGUCCAAAUAUCAGAAGAAUUGCUGAAUUCUAUGUCCUUCAAAUAGGCGCUGAAACUAUAACUUUUGGCACCAAUGCCUUUACGCAUGCUUAAUUCAUGCAUUUACCUAAUUUGCAUAAUGUUACUUCACUUUUUUUACAACAUAGCUAAAGAAAUCUAUGUUAAAUUAACCAAUUAGUGCAUGUGCAAGGUCUUUCCAAUAAUGAGUAAAAUUACCAAAUUUAGCUUUAUUGUAGCUUUAUUAAAGGUAUAAAAAAAACCUGGAAACGGUGAAUUACUAUAGAUUGAAAAUAAUUAUUAAACUAUGUUUGAAAUUAUCGACGUAGAAUGCUAUAUUUCGUUGUAUUAAGUUUCAAUACAGUCGAACCCCUAUUAAGCGGACACCUUCGGGACCUCGCCUAAGUGUCCGCCUAAAAGGGGUGUCCGCUUAAAAGGGGUAUGUAGAAAAACACAGCAGGAGGCAAAGGUGUGUAAUUAGGUGUGUAAUUUGAGUAUCAUCAUUGCUGGCGGCUCACAGUCCUCCGUCCUCAUUCGUCACUUCCUCAAUAAUCUUGGCUCUGAUGUCUUCGCGCCAAGUUGGUGUGUCACUGUCAAUGUGCCAUGUAAAUUGAUCUCAAUUGUUAUUUACUGUCGAAUAUUGAAUACAUUUUAUCAGACAAUCUGUCAUCUGUCCGCUUAAGAGAGGUUGAUUUGCCCAUUGGGACCUCCAGAAAGGUGUCCGCGUCCGUUAAAGAGGGGUGUCCGCUUAAUAGGGGUUAUGAUAAUAGUUUUUUAUUAAAGAAACCAAAUGGGACCUGAGAUAUGUGUCCGCUUAAAAGAGGUGUCCGCUUAAAAGAGGUGUGCGCUUAAGAGAGGUGUCCGCUUAUAGGGGUUCGACUGUAGUAUAUAAAUAGUAAUACACUUGACAUCCGUACUGUAAGUACAAUUACUCAUGCUGAAUCAAACGGUGGUAUUUUUAUCCUUAUUGCGCCAUUAGGCAUUACAAAUACAAAUACAAAGACAAACGUAGUGCGAGUGAUUUGUUAUAAAUAACAAUACAUACUGCGAGCGAUUUGUCAAUACAAUUUCGCUUGAUUUUCAAAGGCCAUAAAUCGCUAGAAUACUGGUGUUCAUUAAUACACUUGACAUCCGUAAGUACAAUUUCUUUAUACGCUGAAUCGAACGGUGUCGCUUUCUUCUCAAAAUAUAGGAAUUGGUUAAAUCAUUGUGAGCAUGUUUUAGCUAGAUUCACUGAGCUAUAUUACAGUAAUAUUAUAGCUCAGUGGCUAAAUUGCGCAACCUGAGCCCACGAUGCCGCAAUGGAAAGUCACACUUGCGACAACAAAAAAAAACCGAAAAAAUUCCUUGCAUUCCAGCGAGGGCAAAUUAUGCAGCCAGUGUAAUAACGAUCGCUUCGUCCUUAUAUAGAAUAUAUAGACCAAGUUAGAGAAUAUGACGAUUUCAAAAAUCUGACCGUGGCUCACGCCACGCUUGCCACCCCCUGGAUCCGCCCCUGAGGUCAUCCUUUUAAAUCAGGACGCGGAAGAGAUUGGUUAGUCUAAGGUUAUACGUCCAUUUUAAUAAGUUCGGAAGAUGACACAUCGCCAAAGAAAAGGUAAUGUUUAAAUUAAUAGACGAUAGCCUAGAAAGUAGAUAUAAUAAUUUUUGCUUAUUCGUGUUUGAACUAAACAGGAAUUGGGCACAUUUAUCUCCUUUCGUUAAUCGGCGUUCAAUGAAAAAAUGAUCAAGUGGAAAACGAAUCACGGUAAAGUUUUCUUAGUUGAUACCAACCCUCUGUACUGAACAAUGAAUUUGAAUUUUAGAUAUCAUGCACUAAAAAUAAAUUUUAAAAGUUAACUGUUCAGUUGUGCGGGCAAUAGUAUCAAUCUAGGACUGACGAGAUUCCCGAGUAUUCGUAACAUUAUUAUUUUGUAAUAAAUUGUAAUUACAGCGGUUGACCAGCUCUAUUCCCGUAACAAAAUCGUUAAUUUAAGUAACUUUUUAAAUAACGGACAUUGGACUUUGUUAUUGCUACGAUUUAGAAUGAUGAAAGUGAUAGCAGUGUAACAAGCAACAGCAAUGACAGUUUAUCAAGUCCUGAUCUAUCACAGGUACGUACAUGCAUGUAUAUGAUACAAGCCUAUAAGGCAAUGUGUACUUUUAUUGUCUGCAGUUAAAUAUUAGUCUGUGUAUUUUUUCAAAAUUUUAUUAACUUGUCUUUCUCAUAAUCGUUAUAUUAUUCCUAUUGUAGUAUCUAAUGAAAGAUAUUGAUAAUUCAUAGGUUGUCCACAACAAUCAAUGUAAAGAUAGCAAUUCUUCGGUGUCUUGGUCAAGUAAGAGCGAUGUUGAGUACGUCUUAGAAUUUUCAAAAUAUUACUAAAUUACCCUCAGGAGCCUGCCGAAGAUUUAUUUUGUUGCUAGCUAGAAAUAGAUGCAUACAAAGGCCUCGCCUGGUCAAAGCAAAGUAUAGUAAUUCCAAUACGUAACGUUGUUGGAACAUGAGAAGAGUAUUUAUUUUUAAAAUUGUCAGCAUGGUUUCCACGGUAACAUGAAAUCAUACAUUAAAUUUGGUACAAAUCACGAGCUAGGGUACCGAACUUGUACUCGUACAAGAGCAAAAGCCACAACGUGAUGUUAAAUAGCCAGAUACUUCAUGUUCAUUUUUACCACGGUGUAAUGAACGAGAUUUAGUAUAGCCCUACCCUUACCCCAGGAUUACGCCCAGAACAUGGUUUAAUUUUUCUGUAAAUUUUUUUAGGUCAUUUGAAGGAUACUAUGAAAAUAUCCUUUGUCUACCAAUCUUCAAGACUGGUACAGAAACUGAACUUCCAGAAGAAAAAGUUAAAACUCUCCUGAGACCCUAUUCCCGGCUUUGUAAAGUCGCACCAACGAAUAUUGGACACAUAACGUAACGUUUCCGUUAGAUAUCACCGCCUUAAAUUCAUGGGAUGACUGGAAAUGUGACGACAUGAGGGCAUGGAGAAACAAUGGACGGAAACAGAAUACGUUUAAGCAUCGUAAAUGCCAGGUUAAAGCUAUCAAAGCAGGACUCAGAAACCAGUUUCAAACGUGGCACUACCUAUACCCUUGUACGUGUGUACUACAAGAACAAAACUUGCAGCGACUUGAAGAAAUGUGCAUAAUAUCUGGAAGGUGUGCUUGUUUUUUGGCUAUGUAAAAGUUAAACUGAUAGUCGUGCAUGUUCACUUUUUGGCGUUCCCAUAUAACAAUCCCCUUGAAGUAAAUAGUAUUGUUAGUGUCAAUAUUAUACGGGUUGUUAAAACGUUAUAUUUUUUAAUCAAUUUAAAACAGCCAGAGAUCUACAGAUCUAUAUGCAUGCACUUCAGAGCUAUGAGAAAACAAGCCAGAAAAUGUUUUAGCUUUUAACUAGUCGUGGUUAUUUUUUUUACAUGUACAUAAUCGGAUAUUGAUUAUUUUAAAUAACGUCUUUUUAAUGUAGCGUCCUCUUUACAUUGUGCGUAUCAUGUAUCUCUUUACAGAGGACAAAAAAGCAAAAUGAUUAUACAGUAUUAUUUUGUCGGAAAUGAACACGAGGUUACACCUGAACCACAUGGCAAUUCUCGUCAGCAGCAGUCAUCGGGUUAUGUAAGAACGAAACCAAGUGUUGUGGAACGGGUCAAAGAAGUGGCUCAACGUACUGGGCCUAAGGGCACUUUGCACCAAGUUAGUGAAGAGAAUGAAGGAUAUUUACGGGCUAACUCAGCGAGUGAUCUUCUUCGAAACCGUGAACAGGCUAAAAAUUGCAGGUCAAAAACCACGCAUUCUAAAAGGUCAUCAAUAAACGUGGAUUCUCUGGCUAUUCUACUGCAAGAGUGCAAGAGACAGCAACUGAGUCUUGGCCAAGAUCCAUUUAUUCGAGAUGUGACAGGUGCACCAGAACUUCGCUGUGUUUUUGCAUUCGAUUUGCAAUUGAAAGAAAUUGAAGAACUCUGUACCAAUGCAGAGAAGUUUUCCAUUUUUUCAGCAGAUCCUACGUUUAACAUAGGAAAAUUCAACGUAACAUUAACGACAUAUCGACAUUUAAAACUUAUUACACGAAGGGAAGGGCAUCGUCCUUUAAUGAUAGUACCCCUACUUGUAAGCCAAACAAAGACGUCAGAAACGUAUAAUUAUUUUUUGGGAAGCUAGUUGCUCUCAAUAAAAACCUGAAAACUCGUUCUGGCUUUUGGAACUGAUGCAGAGGAGGCAUUGGUUGAAGCAAUGAAAAAUUACAUGAACUAUGCAAUUCACUUGAAAUGUUUUGGACAUUUCCGAGAUAAUUGUAAGGCAAAGCUAAAAGAGUCGAAUAUUCCGGAGUCGGUUCAGUUGGCACAUAUUUGCUAGCUCAAUUCAAUUUUUCGGUAAAAUUGCGAUCUCUAGUAUAGGUAAUAAAUUAGUAUAGGAAAUUACACGGUUUUCGAAGAAUUAAUGAAAAAUUGCAUGCGUGUUUGGCGAAAUAUUCCAAGUAUUGACAAGUUAUAUUUUGAUAAAAUUAUGUCUCGGCAAAACUAUAUAAUUCACUUAAAUUUCGCGUCGUUUAAAAUUUGCACAUUUGUAACAAGAAAUCUCUUGAACAUCUAUUUAUGUCAACUUCAUGCGGAAUUAAUGCAAGAAAAUGCUAGAAAGAUUUAUCAUAUAAUAUUUUUGCUAUUAAAGGAUUGUUGGACUCUAAGGAUGAACUGGAAUUUUACGAAAAAUUGAAAGCUCUGGAACGGGAAUGGAAUGAGAGGGAACAUCCCUAUCUUAGAACUAACCAAAUAAAUGUCAGGAAAUAAAUGUCAAUUAAAAAUCCAUUUAUUAUAUUAAUUUAUAUUAUUAUUCCAAAAAUCAUUCUUCGCUAAUUCAACAGAAAGUUGAAAAAACAACUGAUAAGUUCUGAUAAUUGUUUUUACAGGCACAUAUGAUUGUUGAGAGCAUGCUAUCGGACGUGCGUCAAAAUGCUGGCUUGGGUAACCCACCAUCGCUUCUUUAUACCAAUGUUCCCGAGUCCGCCAAUGCUGUUAUUAAGCGUUCCGUGGAUUUUAAAGAAAGCGAAAUGUCUAGCUUUACGGUAAAAAUGGCACAGCUUAUUAAACGCUAAAAGGAGGACGUAAGAGGGGCACUAUUAAACUCAGGCCCAUAUAAGUUGGUGGAAGAAUCUGUGCAUUUACAAUUAAAUGCUGAAAAUGCUUCUCCAUGUCCACCACUCAAUGUCAAGCACAUGAAAGAAGGUUCGACUCUUAGAAUUGUCCGAAAACGUGGAAGAAGCGCAAGAAACACAGGCACAAAUACGUCACUUAUCAGUGAAACCAGAGGAAGCAAAUUUGACGAGUUUACCCGUUGAAUCGGUAAGACACGUUUUCCAAAGUGCGGAGGCGUUGUUAUCCAAAGAGAACGCCAUAGUUUUAGCACCUGGAAAUAAUAAAAUGGCUUUCAUGGUGGAAAGUAAAACAUCAAAACGUCCCCACUACGUGUUUGCAGAAAAAAACAGGAAAAAUUACGUGUGAAAAUUGUCCAGGAUGGGCUUCUGCAAAUUUGUGUAAACAUGCGGUGGCUGUGGGAGAAAAAACGCAGCAACUGGGCAAGUAUCUGGAUUGGAUUCGAAGGUGAAGUACUCCCCUUAACUUAACUACCUUAGUCACUUACGAUUCGUCCAAAGGAGUUGGAAGAAAGAAAAACAAAACAUCAACGAGUCGUCGAAUAGGUGGAAGAAGUGGAGGAAAUGCCAAAGAACCCCGUGUGAUUGUGGACAGAGUUUUGAAUACUUUACAACAAAAACAACAACAACAGCAGCUACAACAACAACAACAACAACAACAACAACAACAACAACAACAACAACAACAACAACAACAACAACAACAACAACAACAACAACAACAACAACAGCAGCAGCAGCAGCAACAACAACAACAACAACAACAACAACAACAACAACAACAACAACAACAACAACAACAACAACAACAACAACAACAACAACAACAACAACAACAACAACAACAACAACAACAACAACAACAACAACAACAACAACAGCAGCAGCAACAACAACAACAACAACAACAACAACAACAACAGGAACAACAUUACGAGUCCAACAGCAACAAUGGUUGUAUCGCCAACGACAACAACGACAACGACAACAACAGAAUCAAAUAUCACCGCACGUUAACCAUCCUGGCUUAUCAGCACACUCUCCUGGUUAUCCGAAUCCACUAUAUGGCGCAUACAUGCUAUAUUUUCUUAAAUUCUGUCCCCCGCAAGUCAAAACGUGUUUUGGAUGUGGCCAAGCUCUUAAACCAGGAGGAGAAAUCGGACGAGCCCCUUGUGAUCUCGUUAUCGUUUCAAACGCCAAUCGAACAUAUUAUGAUAAUACAGGAACACUUAAUUAAGGAACGACCAGGCAAUGUUUAUUACCAUGUAAAUACCGGGUGUUUAAAGCGACAGUAA